GUUGAACAGAGAAUUGGUGUGUGUAUGACAUGUGUCAAGAGCAAAAAUGUCGUCGAACACUGAUGACACGAAUUUAUUAGCGCAAAAUAAUUUAAUUUAUAAUAGUUUUGACUGGAAACCAAUCACAUUUACCCAUGUCGAGUAUCCGAAAGGUGAUCUUUUUGGUCAGCUGCUGGCGUGGAUUAGUUUGGCGCCAAUGGGAAUUGGAGCUGGUUUCGUUACACUGAUUAUGUUUCGUAGAGAUUUGCACACAAUAGCAUUUUUUAUUGGAACCCUAGUAAAUGAAGUUAGCAAUAUAAUAUUAAAACAUUGGAUCAGAGAGCCGAGACCGGUCAAUCGAGUUCACAUCGGCACCGAAUUCGGAAUGCCAUCCAGUCACUCACAGUUUAUCUGGUUCUUUUCCACAUACGUCACGCUAUUCAUUUUCAUAAGGCUACAUCACAUAAAUAACAACACUUUAUUGCCACUGGAGCGCGCAUGCCGAUUAUUUGUUUUAGUGUCAUGUUGGUGUUUGACGGCGCUAGUGUGUUUAAGUAGAACAUAUUUGCAGUACCACACAUGGAAUCAAGUGAUUGUCGGUUCAUUGGUUGGCAUCAUCACCGGAUUAUCAUGGUUUUCAUUGACGCAUUUAAUUUUAACACCGCUAUUCCCAAUCAUUGUGUCCUGGAAAUUAUCCGAGUAUUUAUUACUGCGGGAUACAACGCUGAUACCGAACAUCUUAUGGUUUGAAUACACGGUAACGCGACAGGAAGCUCGAGCCCGAACUAGGAAGCUUAUUAAGACACAUCGUUGACAUCGUUGGCCCUAUUGAAUGGGGCUAAAUGGUCAAAUCGAUGAAGAAAUUCAAAAAGACACACACAAUCCAUUCAUUUUCAUUCAUAUAAACGAGAAUCGAGAUAUAUUUGAAACUAGUUUUGUUUUUUUUUCUACUAUUCACUCACACUUUCUUUGUUAAGACUGGUUGAAUCAGAAGCGAUUCGUUUUUAUCAGUCAUUUUACAUAAACGUAACACUAACAAUACCGAGCCUAAUAAUAAGCAAAUUGUACAAAAUGGCAGAGAACAAGUAGUAAAAUUCGUCUGGUACUUGAGCAUUCAAAAGCGAUUUCUUACGACUUUUUUUUUUGCAAGAAACAACAGGCUAACUACUUUCAUAUAAAUGUACCACCUCAGAAGAAGUGUUGCUUCACUGCCGCAUCAAGUGUGUGAAGUGGAGGAUUAAAACGAACAAAAACCACUAGCAAACAAUUUAAACCCCAGAAAACAGCAAUAAGAUUAACGAAAAUAGUAACCAUGGUGGAAUCGAUCGAAAUUUUGAAAAUAAUUUAUCUUUGUUCAAUUUUUUCUCCUCCUUUUGUACUAUAUAUAAGCGAAAUGACCUAAAACAAAUUACACGAAAUGUUCACCAUUUCUAUCGAAAGGAUUUGCAUUUUAAAAUGUUCAAUACAACCCUUUUUAGUUUAAUAAACGUCCAAAAAAUAUCGAAAGAAAGAGAAAGAGAAAGAGAGAGAGAGAGAGCGAGGGAGAGAGAGAGAAAAAACAUAAAUGAUUAAAUUGAAUGUAAAGAUUGUAACUCAUAUUCUAAUCUUAAAGCGAUAAUUGUAUAUUGGGCGACAUUUUCGGAUUUGAUCAGAAAUUAUUCUUUUUUUUUAAAUAGCAAAAUACGCACAAUUCGGGGUUGGCUGUAGACAGCAGCGCGUAUGCGCUCACAUUUAUAUCUGUCUUAAGAAUAGCAUUUUUAUUGCAUAACAAAUCUGGCAAGGAAUUCAAAUCGGUUUGAAAACGGAGACAAACCAGUAUUGUAAUACGAUUUUAUUGAUGUUUUUGAUGAGUAAAAACAGAGAGAAGACUUUUCAUAUUCAUGAAUUAUUCCAUGACUAUUCCAAAUCACUUUUUUUUUCUUAACUCAAUUCUAUUCUGAUCUUGUUUGAUGUCACGUACACAAACUAAAUAAAAAAAUAUUAUUUGGAUUCAAAAAAUAAUUGAAUCGAACAGUAUUUCGUUUGGUGAGAAGCAAGGGGGAAGUAUGGUUUUGCCGUUUCAUAUUUCUGGGAUGGAAUGCGACAAUCUGAGCUUACAGUUUGUUUUGGAAGAUUCGGUUUAUGUUUACAUGCCUCGGGUGGUUGCUGGUUUUUUAAGCAUUUUUUGCGAAAUUGAUAACCGUUAUCGGCUAUUGGUGUUUUGAGAAAAAUUGUAGUGCUUGCACACUUGCAGACAGUUAUCUCUUAUCAGUUACGCGAAAAAAUGAUCCAAAAUUGACGUUUGCUCUUUUAUAUGACUGUAAUUUACUAAUUUGAAAUUUGAAGUAGAAGAGAGAAAGAACAAAUAAAACGUAGAUGUAUGAACAAUUUCAAAUGUAAUUCUAGCGAUAGCAAGAGAGUACCGUCAAACGUAUUGAUAUAAAAUGACUUUGACUCUUUUAUUAUUUAAUGUGUAAUUUAAUAAAUAGAAUUCGAAAUUGACCGAAA